AUGGUUGGCAAAAUGCAUGUCGCCCUUUUGGGUCUGUUUGGGAUUACGAGCGCCUUUGCCUCGGGAACAAAGCUCCGAAGGGACGAGACACCUAAGUUCCCGCACGACCCGGAAGCUACUUCGUCUUGUUCGUGGUGGCGGGAUAAUGAUGGGUCAGUUGCAUGUAAGGAUAUGCCGUCCACUUGGGGCAUUAGCAUGGAAGAGUUCCUGCGAUGGAACCCUUCUAUAACUGCAAGCUGUGGCAACUUUCUCACUGACCACUCUUAUUGUGUUGAAGUGUUUGGAGAGCCUGACCCUCAGCCGAUGACCACGAAAUCUUCCACUACAGCGGCUUCCACUACAGGAACUUCCACUACAGUGACUCCCACUACAGUGACUUCCCCGAAUGACAUCGCUACACCUACUCCAACCCGCCCUGGAACAGUCAGUAACUGUCAAAAGUUUCACAAAGUCAUCGCCGGUGACACCUGCAGCGCAAUCCUCCAGUCUGCCGGCAUCACGCUCACCCAACUUGUCAAAAACAAUCCCGGAAUCAAGUCCGAUUGUUCCAAUCUUUUGGUAGACUAUUACAUUUGUAUCUCAAUUCUCGGUGUUGACCCGACUCCCACAACCACAAAGCCCACUACCCCCACAAAUGGCAUCACAACUCCAACCCCCAUCCUCCCGGGUCCGGGUAUGGUUAAUAACUGCGAUGCCUUCCACCUAGUUGUCAAUGGCGAUCGAUGUGGGAACAUUGCUCACAAGUAUGGGAUUUCGAUGGCCCAAUUCACCCAAUACAACCCCGAGAUGAAAACCGACUGCUCUAAUCUAUUGGUGGGCUACUACGUCUGUGUAUCCAUUAUCGGCGUCGAUCCCAAACCAACAACCACAACCACGGCAGCAGGAAAUGGCAUCGCAACUCCUACUCCCACCAGUGCAGGAAUGGCGAGCAACUGCGAUGCAUUCUAUGAGGUCAAACCAGGGGAUAAGUGUGGCAAGAUCGCCAGACAAUAUGGUAUCACCACAGAGCAACUAUCGAAAUGGAAUACGGAGAUCGGGUCAAACUGCAGCGGGCUACGGCCUGGUUACUAUAUUUGCGUCAGUGUCGUGGGCGUGGAUCCAAAGCCGACGACAACAACAACCAAAGGCAAUGAAGUGACUACGCCGACGACAACUACUACCACCAAAGGCAAUGAAGUGACUACGUUGACAGAAACAAUAACAACUACGUUGACAAUAACAAUAACAACUACCGAAGGCAAUGAAGUGACUACGCCGACAACAACAAGUACCAAAGGCAAUGAAGUGACUACGUUGACAACAACAACUGAAGGCAAUGAAGUGACUACGCCGACAAUAACAACUACCAAAGGCAACGAAGUGACUACAUUGACAACAACAGUAACAACUACGUUGACAACAACAAUAACAACUACGUUGACAACAACAAUAACAACCACCAAAGGCAAUGAAGUGACUACGCCGACAACAACAACUAAAGACAAUGAAGUGACUACGCCGACAACAACAACUGAAGGCAAUGAAGUGACUACGCCGACAACAACAACCGAAGGCAAUGAAGUGACUACGCCGACAACAACAACUGAAGGCAAUGAAGUGACUACGCCGGCGACAACAACAACCAAAAGCAUUGGAUUGACUACGCUGACGACAACAACCAAAGGCAACGGGGCGACUACGCCGACGCCGAUACAGGCCGGGAUAAUUGGGACUUGUACCACGUUCUAUAAAGUUGGGGACAAAGACACUUGUGAGGUAAUCACCAAAGCGGCGGGAAUCACGUUGACCGAUUUCUAUAAUUGGAAUAAGGGUGUGGGAAGUGGCUGCAAGUCCUUGUGGCUCUUAUAUUAUGUGUGUAUUGGAGUGAUUUGA